ACGCUGAUGGGAUCAAUCGUCGUUGAGAUUAAGAUCACGCAUCAGAAAAUAUCUGGAACAGACUCAGUAAUCCGACUUGCUGGUGGAUCCAGCAAUGUCCCAGUUCGAACCCAAUGCCAUUCUGAGGGGAGCUCAGCUCACAAUCGUCGGCACACUUCGAAUCCUGCGCAAUCCCGAAUUAUUCAAGCAUGACCACUUUCGCCAGGCUGCCCUGGCCGUCGUGGUUGGGGUGGUGAUCCACCUCAUCCUACAAAUACCGAUCAUUCUCAUAAAAUUAGCGAUCCAGAUAGCUUCCGUCGUCAUCGAUCUCGACUAUGUGACUUGGGAUGAUAAGCUUAUUGAAGGACUGAAUUUUAUAUCCAACUCCGUGCUUCAAGUUCCUUUCUUGCUGAUGACCCUUAUGCGAUACAUUACGCCAACUUUGGACGAUAUAUUCCUCCUAUCCCUCGAAUGGGUUGAUGCCACAUACGUCGAGAAACACAAAAAGGACGAUCCCCGAGAUAUCAGGGCCAUGUACUAUCCGAACCUCGUUAGGUAUCCGACAAAGAAGUCUCGCGACUCAUCGAAAUUACAGAAACCAAUCAACAGCGGACUCAUGGCGUUUGUCGAUCGAUAUGCUCGUAGAGUAGCCAUGUGGCUGGCUAUCUAUAUUUUUUCUUUGAGCUCGGUGGUUGGACCCUUGGUCAUGCCUGCCGCUAGUUUUUAUAGCGUUAGGAAGUCCUUGGGCACAGCCCCGGCAGCCGUUAUAUUUGCAUCAGGACUGAUACUGCCAAAACGGUACAUCGUUUUCUUUUUACAUAGUUAUUUCGCCUCGCGAAGCUUGAUGCGCGAGCUGCUUGAACCAUAUUUCUCUCGCAUUUCCUUUGAUAAGGACCAAAAACGAAGAUGGUUCCGUGACCGCGAGGGUGUUCUCUUUGGCUUUGCAUUUGCUUUUACCAUCAUACUCAAGACACCGUUCAUCGGCGUGCUCAUGUACGGAAUUGCGCAAGCAUCCACUGCAUAUCUUAUUACGAAGAUAACCGAUCCUCCGCCACCCCCUGAACGCAGUGAAGGGUUUGCCGAGAAGCAAGUCACUUGGGAAAAUAAGCAUGACUUUUUGCAACUUUCCAUUGAUGCUUUGGACAAAAUCAAUGUAAAUGCAGUCGAUAAAAGUCGAGGUAAGAGUUCGGGUGUGGAUGUGUCUCCGAGCCCUGGGAAGGUUUACUCAUGAUGGCGUUUCCUUCCUUAUAUAAAUUUUGUCCUUAUAUUAUUAAACCGACACAUCCAGAUCAGUAGUAGCUCAUACUUAAGUGGCCAUAAAUAUUUUUUGGAUAUUGGUAUGUAGGAACUUUUAUUCUAGACGUACUUCUGGCAAUAUACAACUCUAGCUACGAAAAGAACUUACGAGCUGCUUCUUUCUGCUUCUUGUCAGCCUCCGCAAUAAUCUUUUUCACCCGGGUAAUUUCAUUGCUAAUAGCAGCGUCACCAGGAGCAAGCUUCAAAGCCUCCUCAAGAUCCUUGAUAGCAUCAUCCUCCUCCUUCAAGCCAACUUCAGCAACGGCCCGACGAUAGUAAGCCUUUGCGCGAUCCGCAUCCUUUGCAUUGGCAGCGUCGGCUGUGUCUAAUGCGUAACCAGCCCAUGUCUUUCCAUCCGGGAAAUGUUGCAGCUUAUUUGCGAGUAGAGCUGAGUUGGAAUGUAGUGUGAAUCGAAGGACUUUCAUUUGCGCAUCGAGCUCUUUCGGGUCUUUCUCGUCGACUUCGGGUACCUCGUUUAGAUAUCGGAGAGCCUUUUGGUACUUGCUUAAUCCGACCCAAGUCUUGCCACUCUUGAACGCGAUGUUACCGAGUUCUUUGAGCUUUGAAGCAAUUUCAAAGGCCGUUUGCGCAUUCAGUUCACCCUCGUGGUCAGCAGGGUAGUCCUCGUAUGGAUCGCCGGUGGCAUCCACAACCUUCUUAUCGGCAUUAUCGUAAUCUUCACCCUUUAACUCUCCGCAGUCAGCGAUGAUAACAUCCCUAAGCGGCUUGUCGGCUUGCGUGGGCAUGUUUUCGAUCUUUCGAACGAGACUCUUUCCGUUGAUCACCUGUCCAAAGACAACAUGUUUACUGUCCAAGUGCGGGGUCUCGACUGUCGUGAUGAAGAACUGGCUGCCGUUGGUGGCAGGGCCAGAGUUGGCCAUGGAAAGAAGAAAGGGUCGGUCAUGCUUGAGUUCAAAAUUCUCGUCUUCGAAUUUCUCGCCGUAGAUGGAUUCACCGCCGGUACCGUUGAAGGCCGUAAAGUCACCUCCCUGGAUCAUGAAGUUCUUGAUGACACGGUGGAAGAUUGAGCC